UGAUCCAAACAAACAGUACCCUAUUUUAUAGUUCUUUAUCGGAUAAGGUAUAUAUAACAGCCUAUCUUGACAUACUUAUUCCUGCUUACGUGCAUACUUCAGUGGCUCCUCAGUGAUCUGCCCAACAGGUCAACAUGAAUAAUCCACCGUGGCCCAACGGAAAGAAAGUCGUUCACUUGGAUUUGAAAGGUGCCCCUCCGAAAGUGGAAUACCUUUACCAGCUGAUAGAAUGCUUCUCUCGACUGGGUGCCGAUAGCCUGCUCGUGGAAUAUGAGGACAUGUUUCCUUAUGAGGGGGCGCUCAAGCUGCUGCAGGCCACAGCACAACCUGCAUAUAGCCGAGAUCUGAUAUUAUCCAUGCAGAAAGUUGCACAAUCUAAGGGAAUGGAGGUCAUACCACUUGUGCAGACUUUUGGCCAUAUGGAGUUUGUGUUGAAGCAUCGACCCAUGUGGAGCCUGAGAGAAGUGUCAAACUGCGUGGGCACUCUCAAUCCCCACAAGGAAGAAGGACUUAAGCUUGUGAUGGAGAUGCUGAGGCAGGUGGUGGAGCUGCAUCCAGGUCUAAAAACACUGCAUAUAGGUGCAGAUGAGGUUUACAUGUUGGGUGAAGGUGAGAUGUCAAAAUUGUGGUUGGCUUCACCGGGACACACCGUGGAACAACUUUUCUUGACUCACGUUGUAUCCGUGGUAAAGUACAUCAAGCAGGCGUGGCCUCAUAUGACCAUCAUCAUGUGGGACGAUAUGAUGAGGGGGAUGAGUCACGACACCCUGAAAGCUAGUGGUAUUGUAGGACUAGUCCAACCGAUGCUGUGGGAUUACACCCCUAAUCUGGAUGUGGAGAAAACUGUCUUGUUGCUGGAGAAGUACUACAGUGCCGGUAUGCAAGACAUGUGGGCGGCCAGCUCCUUUAAAGGCUCCACCAGUGUUCACACCAAUGUACCAAGCACACAGAGACACGUAGAGAACCACUUGCAAUGGUUAAAAGUGGCUGCAUCUGUAUCCUCUGUCUUAAACAUUCGGGGUAUUGCCAUGACAGGCUGGCAAAGGUAUGACCACCUCUCAGUGCUGUGUGAGCUCAUGCCUGUGGCUCUUCCGUCACUAGCAGCUUGUCUCCAAACACUUAUCCAUGGCCAGUUUAGUCUUGAGGCUGAGAACCAAGUGACUAAAAUGUUGGGUGUCUCCUCUGUAGAGGCAGAGUCCAUGGGAAGCACGUUUGAUGAUGCCACCCUGUUCCCGGGAAGGAAACUAGCGGAGUCGAUUGUGGAACUGGAUUCACUACUUUGCGUUGAGGACAUAAGGUCUUUUGAAACAAAUAUGUAUGUACGAGGAUGGUUCAGUCCCUACCACAGAUCAAGAAGAAUGGCAAAUCCUCUAAUCACCGUGCAGAUUCAGAGUCAAGCAUCAACGUAUUUGGCUCUAUUGCAACAGAAGAUAGAUGUUGUAAGGGAGGAGAUGAUCCAUCUUUAUCCAGAUUCAGCAGCUCAAGAGUGGAUAGAUGAACAUGUUAGCCCAGUGAUUGCCCCCCUUCAGAGGAUUAUAGAUGAAAUCACAGAAUGCACAAUAGAGAUAGUUCCAGAGAACCAUUUUUCAUCUCAGCACUGAAUAGUUUUUUUAUGUAUAAGAUGCAUUUUAAUAAAGACAAACAAGAAAAUGUUGAUUUUUGAAU